AAUAAUAUAAUCUUAAUGGAAUAUUCCCAUUAAUUUAAUAUGGUAGAUGACUUCUUUCCACAAUUUUAAAUUUGCCCAUUAAUCGACCAGGGUAGGUAUAUGCAAUUCUAAUAUCUUCACCGGAGAACAAAAUAUAGCCGUAUCAUCAUGGACCCUACUUAACGAAUUAAUUUUUUUUAAUUAGAUAAUUACAGAAUAACAAUUUAAUUGAUCUCUAUUCUAGAAAUGCUUCUUCGUGAUGUCCGCAGUCAAACCCAGUUCCCCACUUUUCUUUUGUUGCAUCCGGUUUCUGUCUGUUGCUUUGCUUUAUUUCUCCAAAGGUAACACAGCCGAGUUGGUCGGGAGUGUGAUCUUUCGGGUUUGAGAUGUGUGAGGUCUUAAGUUCGAACCCUGCUACACCACUUGGUGUUCCCGGAGGCACCGCAAGUGCUGGAGACGAAGUCUCCCUCCAGUAUCAGGUGCUAGGCCUUGAAAAUGUUGCUCAUGUAGGUACUCCCCACCACGUGGAGUUGUGUCCAGAAGUCCAAGAAGCCGGAUAGCUCACUUGGUAGCACCCAUUCAAUUAUGAUAACAAUCUCACAAAACUUGGUAGCACCAAUUCAAUUAUGAUAACAAUCUCACAAAAAUGAUCGGGAUAAACCAAGUCACCUAUUAAUUCCAUAAAAUAUGGCAAAGGGAACAAAUGAAAGAACAAGUUUGUGUUUCUAUCUGCGUGAGUAAAUGAUCGUAACUGAACGUGAAUAAGCAUUGAAUUACGUGAAUAAUCACCAAAUGACACGAUUGAAUGCAAAUAUAUAUGAGUGUCGUGACUCUUUAGAUGCAACCAAACAUUUUUCUUCGUGAAGAGGGGAAGAACAGAGACACAACGAAAAGGGAAUCAUUAAAUUAUAUACACUAAAACUAGCUUGAAAAAUAAAGAUCUCGUGCCUAUGUUUGGUGGCACGGCACCUAAAGAUUCACCAGAUAUAAUUUACAUAAUUUAGUUUUUUUACAUCAUUUGAUGAUUAUUCACUGUAAAAGGUUAUGAUCAUUCACGCAAAGAAAACUUAAUAGUUUUUGUUUUGUUCCCCAAAUAUAUUUUAUUAACCAUAUUUUAUGGAAUUAAUUUUGAAUGUACAAUUUUUAUGUAAAAAUCAGUUAAAUGUACAAUUUUGUUUCUAAUAGCUGGUCCCAAAGUCUUUGUUCUUAGUAGUUUCUUUUGGGGGCCCAAAUAGCUCAUUUAACAUCAUCAGGCUUUUAUUUUGCCUUUCGCGGCCCAUGCGGCUCAUCUAACAUUGGGCCGUUUCCCAGUCAAUAAAUACAAUACCCUCAGGCUAUGAGUCGAACGCUCGAAGCGAAAGGAGAAGGGCGAGGAGCAGAGCGGCGGCGUUGCCAAGGAGGGAUCCGGCGGCGAAGAUCAGAGAGAAAAAUCGAGAGAUGGAGCGUGAAGGAAUACGGUUUGGCGGCGGUUUGAAGCAGCGCUCUGUUGCUCGCCCUGUCUGCCGUACUCUUUGCACCAUCUUGGGACCUCUCUCCCUCUCUGUAUCUCCUCUGUUACCUCUCUCCACCGGUCAGUCCGCCGCCUGCAAAUCUCGCCUCCCUUCGCAGCCUUGUGAUGACGGAGCUUCUGCUAAGAGUCAGUUGUUGCUUCUCUGAAGGCUUGAGAUCAUAAAAGAUUCUGCUUCUCUUGUUGGGUUUCUUUUAUUGGUUUUGAAUUUGUCUCGAUUGAUGGUGGAAGUGUCAGUUUUCUAACAUCCUUUCGUCAAUUGGUGAAUUGGGUUCUUCUUCGAUUGGAGUUUUCUUUGUGUGCAGGAGUGUAAAUCCAUGGCAUUAAUCGACUUAGCAGCCAUUCUCUUGGAGAAGUAUUGUUGGCGGCGAGUUCUUUCUAUGAAAGAAGAUGAUGGUUGACUGGUUCUGCUCUACUGAUUGCAUCUCUUCCCUGCCAUCCAAUGGUGGCCUGAAGGGCAGAUCCGAAGGCUGAGAGGGCUGAAUCAGAGCAAGGUUGAAGGCACAUUUCAAGCGAAUUCGAAACGAAAAUGUUGUAGAGCAAGCACAUUUAGUUCAUUAAACCUGUAUAGAUAGGCUUCAGCUAGUUGAGUUGUGUCGUAUCUCAACAAGCUUGUAAUCUGAUAAGCUGCUUCAGUUUCUUCAAACAAGCACUGGUAAUACAAAGUGGGAUUUAAC